AUGGAAAUUAUCGGCUCUGAAUACUUGCCGGCCAAUUACAAGUUUGAGCUGCAAAAGACCAUACGGCAAAUAGAAAGAAGAAAGAGCAAAAAAAUAGCCUUGCAAUUUCCGGAAGGACUCAUGCAUCUAUCGACCGUUAUAUCCGAUAUAAUCAGAGCGAACACAAGCGUGGAGUCUGUUACUAUUUUGGUGGAUGUUGUGUACGGUGCCUGCUGCAUUGACGAUGUUUCCAGCUACCUGAUAGGGUGCGACCUUCUCAUACACUACGGGCACUCUUGCCUCUUUGAAGUUACAAAGUCUCUGAUUCAGGUGAUGUACAUCUUUGUGGAGAUAAGCUUUGAUAUCUCGCACUGCCUGAAGGUUGUGAGAAAGCACGUUCCAACGGAGUCACUUGCCGUGCUGGGAACCAUACAGUACAACAGCACCGUGCGAAGGAUAAAGAAGGAGCUAGACGCAGAAAGAGUUCGAAGGCUGGCAAGUUCCGAAGCUGCGGGGGAGAGCGAGGGAGCGUGCGUUAUCCCUAGAAGAGACCCGCUGAGUCAUGGGGAAGUCCUGGGGUGCACUUCGCCCGUGGUGCACGCAGAUACGGUUCUCUUCAUAUCCGAAGGGCGCUUCCAUUUGGAGUCUCUGAUGAUACAGAACCCGAACAAAGCGUACUACAAGUACUGCCCGUUUUCAAAGCGUCUUACCAUAGAGAAGCACGACUACAGAAAAUUUAUAGGGAUUCGAAGGGACGUAAAGAAAAAGGCCGCAGAAACAAGUGCGUACUUGAUCGUGUUUGGGACACUGGGAAGACAGGGAAGCAUGGGCAUACUCCACAAGAUAGAGGAAGACCUGAUAAAGAAGGGCAGGACGUAUUACGUUGUUUUUAUAUCAGAGAUAGAUGAGGUCUUUGUGGAGGCCUUGCAGGACAUAACAAUUAUAGAAAUAGCAUGCCCCCGGAUAGCGAUAGAUUGGGGCUCAACUUUUACAGUGCCAAUCAUCACCCCGUUUGAAUACUUCAGCAGGGACCUGGAAAAUUACCCGAUGGACUACUACGCGAGGGAGAGCCCGCAGGAGAUGCGCCCGUGGCAGAGUCUGCAGUAG